GUCACCAACUAAACUCUUUCUUUUUCCCAUCUCUCUUGACAAAUAAAAGACCAAAGCUCUUCGGAUCGGAAAAAUCACCUGAGAUGGAUAACCGGCGUAAAGAGACGGUGUCCGUUACGGCGGAUACAGAGGAGCUGAGAGAGAAAGGGGAGCCGAGAGAGAAAGAGGCGGCGGUAGAAGAAGAGGAAGAAGAAGAAGUGAGCGAAAGUGGAAGCGAUUACACGUCGGAAGACGAAGGAAAGGAUGAUUACAGGAGAGGAGGUUAUCAUGCCGUGAGAAUUGGCGAUUCCUUCAAAAAUGGAGCUUACGUUGUCCAGAGCAAGCUUGGUUGGGGCCAUUUCUCCACCGUCUGGCUAGCUUGGGACACCAAUCACUCGCGAUAUGUAGCGUUGAAAGUGCAAAAGAGUGCGCAACAUUACACUGAAGCGGCAAUGGAUGAGAUAACGAUAUUGAAACAGAUUGCUGACGGUGACCCAGAUGAUAAGAAGUGUGUAGUGAAGCUUCUAGAUCAUUUCAAACAUUCCGGUCCAAAUGGACAGCAUGUGUGUAUGGUGUUUGAGUAUUUGGGGGACAAUCUUUUGACAUUAAUCAAGUAUUCUGACUAUCGUGGGAUGCCUAUGGAUAAGGUGAAGGAGAUAUGCUAUCAUAUUCUAGUUGGCUUGGAUUAUUUGCAUAAGCAGCUGUCUAUCAUACACACUGAUUUAAAGCCGGAAAACAUAUUACUAUUGUCGGUGAUAGACUCGUCUAAGGACCCUAGAAAAACUGGUGCUCCUCUGGUUCUUCCUAAUAGCAAAGACAAAACCCUUUACGAGUCUAGCAGUACAAAGGAAAGUAAAGUGUCGAAUGGCGAUUUGACAAAGAAUCAGAAGAAAAAGAUCCGGAGGAAGGCGAAACGUGCAGCUCAAGGGUGUGCAGGGAAGGAAGCUGCUGCUGACUCCGAGCAAGAUCCUGAAACCUCAGAUGUUGAUGGUGUGAAGAGAACAAGUGGUGGAAGUUCAGUCCAUAAGAGAGGGAGCCGAUCAACUAGACGGAAACUUUUGGAGUCUGUGGACCUCAAGUGCAAAUUGGUUGACUUUGGCAAUGCUUGCUGGACUUACAAACAGUUUACAAAUGAUAUUCAGACUAGGCAGUAUAGGUGUCCUGAAGUGAUCCUUGGAUCAAAAUAUUCUACCUAUGCUGACUUGUGGUCCUUUGCGUGCAUUUGUUUUGAGCUUGCAACUGGUGAUGUUCUGUUUGAUCCUCAUAGUGGUGACAAUUAUGACAGAGAUGAGGAUCACCUAGCCCUGAUGAUGGAGCUCAUGGGAAUGAUGCCACGCAAGAUUGCGUUAGGGGGUCGUUAUUCUCGGGACUUCUUCAACAGAUAUGGAGACUUGCGACAUAUUCGCCGGCUUCGAUUCUGGCCAUUAAACAAGGUUCUUGUGGAGAAGUACGAGUUCAAUGAAAAAGAUGCAAAUGAUCUGGCAGAAUUUCUAAUUCCAAUUCUUGAUUUUGUCCCUGACAAGCGUCCCUCUGCUGGUGAAUGCCUUUCACAUCCGUGGAUUGCUGGAGGCCUUACUGGUCUAAAGGCUUCUCCACCUGAAAGCCAAGAAGUUGAUGUUACUAUUACAGAUAAAAAGAAGAAAGAAAAGGAUGAAAGAGAAGCAAUGGAGAAAGGCAUGGGGAGUAUUGCUAUCACUAUAGACUCAAAGCCAAGCAAACAACCUCUUUCUUCUCCUAAACCUUCAAAAGCAGCUGUAAUUGGUUCAUCCAGGUAGGAAACUACUCUGUGCUGGAGCAAAACAUUCUCAAAAUCUAACCUAAAUUUCUUCGUACCAUGUUCUGCUUCUACUCUACACAAUUUUCUCUCGUGCGAUCUGAUGUUGGGUGGGAUGGUAUGGGAUUGGAUGCAUUCUUUUUGUUAUUCACCGGAGCUGUGGCUCCAAUAGAAAGGUCCUCAAUCGAUUCUGAAAUUUGUUGGACAGUUGUUGCCCGGCUUCUGUUUUGUACGAUCAAGGCUAACCUCUUCUAAUGCUGUCUUGUUGAUACCUUGUCGAUUGUGCAAAGAAUCAAUGUACUAUAUCGCGACCUACCUUAUUCAUUUGUUAAUGAUAUUGAUCUUAAUUUUGUCUCCUGUUGCUUUGGUUUAAAAGGCAUGGUUUUGGCUUAAGACCACACACAUCGUUGUAAUACAUUGUUAACUGGAUUAAUUGCCUUUCUACUUUCUAGUA